ACCACCAGCAGCCCGCCCACGCUGUCGCCCUGGCCGCCCCAGGUGCCCACCGCCAAGCCGCCCUCCAAGCCCACCGUCAAGCCGCCCACGUCCGCGCCGCUGCCCGGACCCACGCCCGCCCCGGAGCCCAUGGACGCGAGCUGCGGCGCCAAGAACGGCUACCAGGACCAGGAGAGGAUUGUCGGUGGCCAGAACGCCGACCUCGGAGAGUGGCCGUGGAUCGCGGCGCUGUUUAACGGCGGACGGCAGUUCUGUGGCGGUUCCCUCAUCGACUCGACGCACAUCCUCUCGGCCGCCCAUUGCGUCGCCCACAUGAGCUCCUGGGACGUGGCCAGGCUCACGGUGCGUCUCGGUGACCACAACAUCAGGACCAACACGGAGACCCGCCACAUUGAGAAGAAGGUCCGGAGGGUGGUCAGGCACCGCGGCUUCGACUCCAGGACCCUGUACAACGACGUGGCCAUCCUGACGCUGGACUCCCCCGUGCAGUACCGGAGGGACAUCAGGCCCAUCUGCAUGCCGAGCGGCAGCGCGGGGUACUCCGGCAAGACGGCGACCGUCAUCGGCUGGGGCAGCCUGCGUGAGAGCGGCCCGCAGCCCGCCGUGCUGCAGGAGGUCAACAUCCCGGUGUGGACCAACGCCGAGUGCCGACAGAAGUACGGCAACGCGGCGCCUGGCGGCAUCGUCGACACGUUCCUGUGCGCCGGCCAGGCCAGCAGGGACUCGUGCAGCGGUGACAGUGGCGGUCCUCUGAUGGUCAACGACGGUCGCUGGACACAGGUCGGCAUCGUGAGCUGGGGCAUCGGCUGCGGCAAGGGCCAGUACCCCGGCGUUUACACGAGGGUCACUAGCUUCAUGCCCUGGAUUCAGAAGAACCUCAAGUAGUUGUCUAACUGUGAUGUCGUGCAAAGGCGUCACUCUUGUGAUAUUCGAAUUAUUUUGUCCCACCCCAGGGGAUUUGUCACAAAGGACGUAGGUCUUCUCUUACCGUUUAGGGACCGUUUCUCUAAACCCUGAGACACGCGUGCUCUGGUGCUACUUUUGUCUUGGGGAGGGGCGUAUUCAAUUCGACGAAGGUGCAUCGGCUGAGUUAAUAGCCCGGUGAAAGUGCCAUUAAAUGACGGAGUUAUACACUGUAAAGUUGUUCUUGCCAAUGAUUCAAGAAUAAUCAUGGUUUCUUCACAAGAAGACUUAUUUUGUCUUUGCUAAGCAGAAUUUAGUGAUAGCAGUCAAAAGCUUGACUCAAGUUUCUGUUAAUGAUGUGAGUGACAAAUGGAAAUUAGAUUGUAUUUUUUAAACUUUUAAGCACACACAUUUCAUUGGAGCUGAGACCUUUUUCUUUAGUUUUGAUAUUUGUUAUGUGAUUGGAUGUAAUGCAGUAAGCUACCACUAUAGCUAGCUGAUAUUUUCUGUAUAAAAUGACUGAACAAAAAGGGAUAUAAAUGCAUCCUUUGCAAUACACCCUUUUGCAUGCAAGAAACAAUAAUAGUUUUAAAAGGUGAAAAGAAACAGUCCUGUGUAGCAGUUCUGCUUCCUAAGUGUAAGAUUCACUGUAUAUUCCUUUGAGUAUGCAAGAUUAGGAUACCUUUACCAAAAUGUGAUAUGCAGUAACAAGUUUCAGAUUAUUUGUUUGGAGUUAAGGAUUUAUAUUUACUAAGAGCCUCUGCGUGAAAAUGUAGCUGAUAAAUUUCACAGAGCACUUUAAUUUAUUGGGAAGACUUUGAGGACAUUGCCAUCCUAUUUUACAUGUGUUGUGAGAGUACAAAGUGUUAGCAGUCUACAGUGUUUACGUUUUAAAUGACUUAAUCUUUGCUGGAAGCCUACAAUGCUUUUAAUUAUAAUUGAAUCAUGUUAGACUCUUAUAAGGAAUGUCACAGCCUAUUUCCACCAAAUUCAAUCACAGAGUGUUCGAUAUGAGAACAGGGAACUUUAGAUGCUGUUUGAUGGAGAUAAAUAAAAUAUAGGUAUUGGAGUACACGAUACAUGAUCAUUCUCAAAGAUGAAAACACAGACAAUAAAACAGAUGUGGAACAUUGUGGGUAAGUGAGCAAUUCUGAAAAUGGGUUGCUAUAUGACUGCUAUUGCUGUCUAUGCUUAUUUAUUGUAAAAAUAUAAACAAAUAAAAGUAUGAUGAUUGACAAA